GCUUAUUUUACGGUAAACCGUUUCAGAAAAAAAGACAACAACAAAACGCAGAAACAAAGGUCUUUGUUAUUUACUUUGUCAAUUUUAAUUCAAGAACGGAUAUUUUUCUUUUCCUCAAGAAAGAUAUUUGCAAAUAUUUAUGUAUGGUUUUAAAUUAAAAGAUGAGAGAACUAUGACGAGAAGAAAGUAACAUAUUGCAAUGGCAGGCUUUUUUUCCCAGUCACGAAGAAAUUACGAGCCUUUGGACGACCGAGACGAUAUUGAUGCCAAUUUACCACUGAAUUACAUAAUCAAUGACAAUGCUGAUGAUGAAUUAGACGAUGAUGACGAUAAUGGGCGGUUUUCGUUCAGCAGGAUCGUAAUUCUGAUGAAAACCUUGAAAAUUCCACGCAUCAAUUUUGCAUACUUUAGCAUAAGGUUCAGAAGAAUCCCCAAGAAGUCCCGUCGAACAUGUCUGGACUUGUUUAUAUGUUUGUUUUGCAUGUUCAGCAUGCUAGCAAUCUGCUCGGGGCUAGGAUAUCAUGCUUUGUUUGUAUUGAAGCCCGCGCCAGUGAUUGAUAAAUCAUACCGAGCAUUUAGAAUUCCUAACCAUGAAGCAUCGUUGAAUUAUGGUGCACUCCAGACUGCCAAAAAGAAUCACACGUCAUUCUCCAGACUGGACAUGAACAGAGUGAGCUGGCUGUAUCAUCUUCAAAGGUCAGGGAGAGGAGUUAAAAAUAACAUAGGUGACACAAAACUUGUAGGAAGACAAAGUAGAUUGUAUUCAGACUUGAUGCAAAAUAUAUUAAAACGUCGUAAAAGGCGUAGUUUAGUUAGAAGAAGACGGUCGGCAGAGUGGAGUCAGUAUUACCCGGCUUGGAAGAUGCAGGUCAUCUUCAUGACAGAAAAGGGUGAAAAUAUUUUUACAAAAGAGCGAUUGCAUCAAAUCCAUAACAUUGAGAAGAAAAUCCUUGCUCACGAGAAAUUCUCAGAAUUUUGUUAUAAAGACGGCCAAGUGAAAAACGAUCCGGCUGUUAAAGCCAUAAACGGUUGUGCCCCUUUGAAUUCCCUCCUCUCGUACUUUUUCCCGUCGAAAGACAAAACGGGAAAAGUGUUUUACGACGGUCUUGGUGAUAAUAUGGAUAAUGUGGACAGUGCUUUAAGAUUUGCAUUGACAACAAACCAUUUUUAUUACUACGUGGAUGAUAAAGUGAACAGUUCCAAUAUGAGGAGUCAGUUUCUAAGAACUGAGGUUCUGUUUGGUGCUCCACUUAAAGGAUAUGGAACACCCUACACAAAAAGAAGUGAACAAAGUCAAAAGUUUAAAGAUUUUGUCAUCACGUAUAUUGACAUCCUGUCUAAAUCCUCAACAAAGGAUGUGUCGGUGCUGUAUGGCGGUCAGGAAAUAUUUGACUACGAGGUAGAGCAGACAUUUUGGAACGAUGUUAAGCUAGCCAUCUACGCAUUUGUUGCUAUUUUCUUGUUGAUGCUGAUUCUGACGUCAGGGUCAAUAUGGCUGACGUUCUGGGGUCUAGUCAGUAUACUGCUUAGCGCACCACUUGCGAUAUUUUUCUACCAUGUUGCGUUCAAAAUUGUAGGACUAGGAAUUCUGAAUGGUGCCGCGGCUUUUGUUAUUAUUGGUAUAGGUGUGGACGAUGUUUUUGUAUUUAUCAACAUAUUCAGACAGGCUGACCAUGUGACUGAUCCAAGGGAGAGAACUUGGUACACCAUUAAAACAGCGGGAAAAGCCACGUUCUUUACUUCAUUUACAACAGCUGCUGCAUUUGCUGCUAACAUUGCCUCGAUGAUACCUGCUGUGCAUGAUUUUGGCUUGUUUAUGUCACUGAUAGUUGCUAACUGUUGGAUCACAGUGAUGCUGAUAAUGCCACCUGUCUUGUAUAUAUGGUACAUCUCCUUCCGUAAAUGUGAGGCAGCCAUUGCUAGAGUCAUUUGCUGCUGUCUGCCAUCAAGCAUGUGCAGUAAAUUGACCUUGCCCUCUGAUGUGGCCCACUUUAUGGACAAUAACCAUAGCAACCAGGUGUCCAUACCAAGGGAGACCACUGUUGAUGAUGAAGAUGAUGAUGAUGUACCCAUGCUUACAAUGGAAGAUUCUCCGUUUUAUGUUG